ACUUCGGCCAGUCUUUGUGUCCUCCAACCAUGGGUACAGCGGUUUAGGGGGGCGCCGCACCUGCACAGACCCAGAGGGGCGCCAUCAGAAGACAGCAUCACGUCAAGAGGAAGAAAUCGUUGGUUUCAGCUUGAAGGGGGGGCUACGGCGGUGUGACCAAUCAACUUGAAGGGAAAACCUAUCAUCUGUGGAGAAAGGAAUAUCUCUUUUCUUCCUCUUUUUACCAUUUGACAAAUUUCUCACACUUUUUCGUGGUUUUGCUGCACUGAUUUGGAUUAUAGGAAACCUUUUUGGGACAAUUUCAGCAUCCAAGUGAAAGCUUUUUGGAUUAUCCUCUGAGGUCGGCUGUGUCCUUUACCAUCUAAGGGAUCUACCUGCUUAUCCCCUCCACCUGGAACAACUUAGAUGAGCUCAACCUGCUAAUAACUCACCAAACAACAAGAGCGAGGCCUGCACUGAUCACUGUGUUUCUGCAACAUUGAAACCACCCUUUUGUGACCUCUUGAGCCAUGGUGCUGCUGAAGGUGAAGUUCAGCCAUCCGCGGCGGGUGCGUCUGGCCCAGGGCCUGUGGCUGCUGUCCUGGCUGGCAGUGAUGUGCGGGACCUUCAUCUUUUGCCUGGGGGUUUACCUUAAGACAGAGCUGCUCCGUAGGGCCGAGGUGAUGGACAACACAGAGAUCCACGUGGUGCCCAACAUCCUGAUGAUGGUGGGCCUGGUCUCCAUCGGCACCAACUGGGUUGCCAGUCGUGUGUGUCAGGACUCCCUGGACGCAAGCCGCUUCCCCCGUUGGAAAGUUCUCCUGCUGGCUUGGUUUGUCGUAGCUGCACUGCUCUGUUGUCUGCUCAUCGCUGUUGUGGUGCUCAGCUAUGCCCUGCAAGGACGCCUUGAGGAGUCCCUGAAGGUGGGCCUGAGGAAUGGUAUUCGGUUCUACAAGGACACUGAUGUGCCAGGCCGCUGUUUUCAGAAAGAGACCAUCGAUCGUCUGCAGAUGGAGUUUCGCUGUUGUGGAAACAACAACUUCAAGGACUGGUUUGAAGUUCAGUGGGUCAGCAACAGAUACCUGGACUUCACCUCUAAGGACGUCAAGGAUCGUAUCCGGAGUAACGUGGACGGCCGUUUCCUGCUGGACGGUGUUCCUUUCAGCUGCUGUAACCCCGCCUCCCCUCGCCCCUGCCUGCAGUACCGCCUGACGGAUAACAGCGCCCACCACAGCUAUGACUACCAAACAGAGGAGCUCAACCUGCACAACCGCGGCUGCAGGCAGGCUCUGACCGAUUACUACAUGGAACUGAUGAAUUCAACUGGUCCUGGUGUGCUGUCAGUCAUCUUAAUACAGAUAUCAGUGCUCGUGAGCCUGCGGUACCUGCAGACGUCCGUGGAAGGAGCCAUGGCUCUGGAGGACCCAGAGGGCGACAGUGAAGGUUAUCUCCUGGAGAAGGAUGUGAAGUCAACCUUGAAAGAUCUCAAAGCCAAAGCCCUGACCAUGCUUAAGUUCGAUCAGGUUGACCCCAACGCUGGCGAAGCAUCCCCCGAGGCUGCGGAUGGCGAGAAGGCUGCUGAUAACACUGCAGAGAAGGCUGCUUCCCCUUCUCCUGCAAGCUAGAGGGGGAAAUUAUUGAAAUAAGAGCUGAGGAGGAAGGGAUGCAAGGGGGGGCGGAGGGGCUGAGUUUUCUUGGUCGUGUGGGUUGGCUGGUGGCAGGUAGAACACCUGUUGGGUUUUGACACGUUAGGCUUGAUUUACGCUCCACCAAUGCAGCAGCCGCACGGCCAAAACAAGGCAACACAUAGGGAAUCUUAUCAAGCCCUGCACACCCACACCAAAUCUAACAUCUCCUCAGUGCAGGACCUCAUGAAUGUGUAACCAUCAGAGAGCCUGUUCAGGAGAUGUGUAGCACUUUUUGUUGUAACUAGAAGAGAGUACAUUCAGUUUAAAUGGGUGUAGCGUUCACAGACAUGUAUUUAAAACGUUUUGACAUUUGGCUCAAAUUUGGAACAGUCACAUAACGCUCAAUGUUGAUCAGUGCAUUUGUAUUAUUCAUCACCCAGCUGUAGAGUUUGUAACUGCAACGAAAUGCAUAGGAACCUGUUAAAAAUGGAAAAAUGAAUUAUAUAUUAAAGGUAGAAGUUUUUAACUGCUAAGUAGAGUCUGCUUCCUUUUGUACAAGCAACAUAAUAGAGGAGCGAGUUCCCCGACUGGGUUAUCUGAGUUCGGCAAGGAGAGUUGGAUUAAGUGUGUGUGUUUGUGUGUAUGCGUGCGUGUGAGUGUGGUGCCCUAUAUGAAGCUGUCAUCUUGUCUAUUCUGGCAGCUCUGAAACAAUCUGAUAAUCCUUGUAUAGUUAAUCCCAGAACUGCUGCACAAGCAGUAUCAGCACAGGCUGGCAGCACACAGGAGCACACUCGACAGCGCGCUGACACAACACGCUGGAGGUCAUUUUGUGACGCGAAACGGUUUUUAAAUGCUUUUUAUUUGCAAAGAACACAUCAUGGUGAUCUGUCCUGGCUACAGGUAUAUCCCAUGUGUGCUCGUUCUUCUUAAAUAAAAGUCUAUCACA